CGCUCCAACAGCUGCACCAUUGUUUUGUUUGUCGGUCGGGGAGCGGUGAGCGAGCAAUUCGACGACUGCGACCACGAUGACGAAAGUCACGGCCAGCGGUCAUUCGGACAACCAAUCUACCAACCGGUCGAACGGUCAGCGAUCAUUCGGACGCGUGGUGGCCGUCGCGACAACCGAUUUGGUCUUGGCUUUGUGUAACGCGGUGCGCUGACC